AUGGCCACCAACCCUGGGUUCCUGCGAUUUGCCAGCCCUGGUGAGCAGCGUUGCAUCGCUCGUGAGGUUCUUGGUCUGUACAAUUGCGUUGUCGUUGGUGCCAUCUACACAUUGCCGAGCGACUUCGGAUCUCCUACUCAGCCCGAGGCCUGCUUCCAUCCGCUCAAGCGCUGCGUCCAGGACCAUCCUUUUCUCAGCGUUGUCGUGCGCGAUAUACAAACAGACAAGCCUUUUUACGAGCAGAUUCCCACUGUGCAGCUAUCCCAGCAUGUCUCCCUCCUGCCCCCCAGCGAUCAAAAUAUAACCGCUGCAAUUCAGGCCGCGCUUGCUCCAGAACUUGAUCGUCCAUUCGCAGACGGCAUACCUCCAUGGCGCAUUGUCGUGCUCCCGCUGAAAGAACCAUCUUCUUGCUUCAUCGCGUUCGCCUACUCUCAUGUCCUUGGAGAUGGGGCAUCUGGGGCUGCCUUUCAUCGAACAUUCCUUAAAGCCUUAGCUGAAGGUGACGGCGGCAAGCCAGGCAAAACCUCAGAAACGGCCCCUGCGUCACUCAAACUACUUGCGCCUCCAUUCGAUACGCCUGCACGGCUGCCAAUUACUUGGGGGUUUCUUCUAGGACCGCUCAUCGCCAGCUUUCUACCGGCCUUCAUUGCACGACUGCUUGUCAAGGAGAUAGAAGCUCCCGUACUGGAUAACGCCCUGCGAGCAGCAAGGGAUCAUGACACUAAACUCACGGCCAUCCUCCAGGCCCUCAUCGUCGGCGCCUUAAGUAAGGCUAUUCCAGAUCCCAAGAUCACCAAUUUCGUUUCACAGACUGUCCUCAACAUGAGACCUGCCGUUGGUAUUUCCGCCGACCAGAUGGGAAAUAUGACUUCUGCGGCCUAUCCAAUCUACCCUCGUUCCAAUUCUCAAAGCGACACAUUCUCGGAUAGCGACUGGGCUGUCGCACGGGACGCCACUCGAGAACUUGCGGAAAAUGCAUCAAGGCUACGGGAUCAAGCCAUCGGGUUAUUACGAUUUGUUAUGAGCGUGCGUAUGUGGAUGCUAGGGAAACUCGGACAGCGACGAGAAUGCUCAUUCGAGCUCAGCAACCUUGGGGCGGUCGACGUCAGCCAUUAUCCGGACGCGCCUGGGGCAAAGAUCACCAAGAUCAUUUUCUCGCAAACCGCAGCUGCUAUUAGCGUCCCGAUUAAUUUCAAUUUCUCGGCCGUAAAGGGUGGGGAGGGUCUCAUCUACACUGUAACUUGGCAGAAGGGUGCAUUGAACAUGACCGAGAAAGAUGAAGGUGACUUUGUGGAAGGGCUGUGCCAAUCUCUGUCACAAGGGCUUGAAAAUCUACGAUAG